AUGGAAAUCUUAAUCAAUAGAGAGAGCUUUUCUAAAAGAUCAAAGAACUCUAAAUCUAGGCAAUACUCAACAUCUUCUAACACAGAUGCAGCCAAUAAUUGUGAAGAAUAUGACCCAACAACACCAAUGUCUCAUCCAAUUGGCCAAAAGACAGUAAAAAGAAAGAGUAAAGCAAAGGUUGACGAAACAUCUUUUGACAAAAAAGAGUUGGAUAAUAUGGCAAAAACAAUGUUAGAGAGAAGUGCUGCAGUGAAAAAAUUGCUUGAAGCGAAGGAAACAGCUAACUUUAGUGCAAUGUAUGACAUUCUCAUGAAGGACACAUCUGGGGUGACUAAGAAGCAACUCAAAGAUCACGAAUUAGCUUGCAAUUUUAUAAGGCGCAAAUUAGGAGAAUAA